AUGACUAGCAAAUCGAAAGCUCUCGAAGCGUACCGCGAAGAUGCAAAAGGUGGUCACACGCUAUUAACAGCAGAAGAAAGACGAAAGCUUAUCGAGCCACUGCUCCCUUCCGAUCUACCCUCGCGAACUUCAUCAAUCAAAAGCCAAAGUAGAUCUAAGUCGAAGUCGAAGUCUAAAUCGUCAGCUUCAAAAUCCCGCUCUCAUCUUGGCAUUCGCAAUUUCUUUCGUUUCCAAUUGCACGGAUUAGUAUAUGCUGUUGUGCAUGCAGUGUUUUCAUUAUAUAUUAGAUUAAGGCAAGCAUAUCAUGCGGUAAAGGAUCGCAUAUUUGCGAUUCUAUUUUACCAUCACCGGACGCCAGGACUGAUACAGAAGGAUGUAAAGGGGUUAGAGAGAUUACCCGAGCAUGUCAGUGUCAUAUUAAAUUUGGAGGACGGUGCAAGAGGAGGAGCGGGAUUGGAAGCUUUAGUCGAUGAGGUAGCAGAGAUUACAGCAUGGUGUGCAUGUGUAGGAAUUCCAAUGUUGUCGGUGUACGAAAAGACUGGAAUUCUUAAAGGUUAUAUACCUGCGACGCAUCGAGCAGUAGUGAGAAAAUUGGCCUCAUAUUUUGGACCAGAUCAUCCAGCGUUGUCUAUGAGAGCUCCCCAUGUCCCAUCCAUGGAAUCCUCAUCAGCUACGUCGACGACCGAUACACUUCCUGGCUCUUUACAGCAUAUUUCGGUGCUACUUCUCUCAAACGAAGACGGCCGGGAUUCAUUGGUUGACUUGACCAAAACGCUAACAGAAAUGUCUCAACGAGGCAAAAUUGAGUCGAAUGAUAUCAGCCAAGAACUCAUUGAUGCCGAAAUUACGGAAAGCAUCAUGGGAGAGCCAAAUCUUUUGAUAUUAUUUGGACCAACGGUCGAACUGUCCGGAUACCCACCAUGGCAAUUACGCCUCACAGAAAUCUUUCACGUGCAAGAUAAUCACGGAGUUGGAUAUCAAGUUUUCUUGCAAGCGUUAUAUAAUUAUGGUAACGCACAGAUGAGGUUCGGAAGAUAG